CAAUGUAAAAUAAUCAUAUUUUAUGAUUGUCUGAGUCUGUUUUGAAAAGGCAAUUUCCUGUGUAUUUAAUUUUCACUGCAGUGGAGAGAGGGGGGAAAAAAGGAAAGGGACAGACUGUAAGUUUAGGAAAGAAGAGGAAAGAGUGUACAGGCGGGUCUUGUGCGUCAGAACAGUUUCUUGGCCCAGUUAAAACUCCCUGCCACACACGACACACCAGCUUGUUUGCAAAGGCUCACACUGAGGUGAGGGUCUCUUCUGCCUCUCUACGUCUCAUCUGAUCCACUGAUGAAGGUACGAUACUCUUCCUUUUUCUUUCUUUUCUUUUCAUCAAAGGCUGCUCACUGAACACAUAUUAUUAAUGAAUUAAUUGCACAUUAAUUCAUUCCUUGGAUUGUGAUUGUUAGCCUAUAAUAUAACUAUUAAAGUGUAAUAUCAUUUAAUACAUAUUAAGUUAAAUAUGUGACACUUAGACACUGCUCAAGUCAGAAAAGUGAAUGAAAAUCAUGCUAUUCCUAUCUGAUUUAAUAACACAAGUACAUUUUAUGAAAACAUUUCACAUUCUUGUUUAAUGGAUGACAUGAAGUUUACUGAGCUGCCUGUUUUCUCUCUCUCCAUGUUUACAGUGAUUAAAAGCACAUAAUCCUCCUCAGACUUCUGCGGUGACGUGGUGCUGCUGCUGCCCUUCUCUCCUCCACAGAGCUCAGAUGGAUGCUGCUAUUUGUGUUCAGCUUUUGUUGGCUGCCACCCUGUGGAUGAUGCCCCACAUGGGAGCUGCUGCUGCUGCUGCUGCCGCCGCUGCUGUGCGGUCAGGCACCACAGAGCAUCUCAACGUGACCAGAGCUGGAAGUGAGAUGCACUCUGACUUCAAGUUGCUCGCCACAGCGAGCAGUGUGUCUCACAGCAGGCGUAAGCGAGCCAUUUCAUCCAGGGAGAUAAAUGCCCUGCUGGAUUAUCACAACCGAGUCCGCUCUCAAGUCUUUCCCCCUGCGGCUAAUAUGGAGCACAUGCUCUGGGAUGAGGGAUUGGCUAAGUCAGCUGACUCAUGGGCUUCACUGUGCAUUUGGGAUCACGGUCCAACACAAGCCAUGAAAUACAUGGGUCAGAACCUCUCGAUCACCUCAGGAAGGUACCAGUCUAUCACUGACCUGAUCAGGACCUGGUAUGAUGAGAGGCAUCACUUCUCUUACCCCAACAGAUGCACUGGAUCUAUUUGCUCUCACUACACUCAGAUGGUGUGGGCGAGCACCAGCAGAGUGGGAUGUGCUGUGAGGAAGUGUUCCAGUGUGCACGUGUUUGGGAGCAGCUGGAGGGAGGCCACACUGCUGGUUUGCAACUACUCUAUAAAGGGAAACUGGGCGGGUGAAGCUCCGUAUAAGACUGGGAGGCCUUGUUCCGUCUGUCCCUCCAGCUAUGGCGGCUCCUGCUGGAGAAAUCAGUGCUCAACAAACACAAAAACCAGAAGAAAGAUUUCAAGAUAUUAACACAAAACUGUGUUUGAAAAAGUGUUUUAAUGGAUUAGAUACACAGUCAUAUUUCAUGCGAAGUCCAGCUUUAACAAACUAACACAAAAACACUGACACAGCAGUUCAGUUAGCCACAAAGUAAAUCUUUAUUAAAAAUGAUUCAUACACAGUAUUAGUAUAGUAGAAAUGACUGUUAAUAUUUGCAUUGCUAUUGUCUGUCGUGUCUCAGACAAAUCCUUUUUUUUUUUUAAACCUACUUCCUGAAGACGUGAUGUAUUUGCACUGUUUUUUAUGAGUUUUGAGAGGCAUUGAUAAAACAAAAAAAUGAAGCACUUUUGUUGUACAGAUUGUAAUUACUGUAAACAUGGAAGUUAUAGAUUUAGUUUCUAACCUGAGUAAUAAAAUAUUGUUUACAAUAGUGAACCAGAAUGUGUGGAAU